CCGAAUGUCUUCAAAAGAUAAGCAAAGUGUUAAAAGUGAUAAAUCAAAAGACAAAAAGAAGAAAACUACUAAAGUGGAGAAGAAGGAUUCAAAGAUUCUCCCUUCUCUUGAAAAUGAUUAAUAACAACUCAUUGCUAGAGUAAUUAGUAGAAUGGGAGACAAAGAAAGCAAGAGUUUAGGUAAUUAAAAUUAAUAGCUUAGCGAAUUGUGAUGAUGAUGUCUAAAUGUAAACAUUCAAUAAUAAUAAUAAUGGUAAUUUGAAAGCUAUCGAUUAUUCCUUGUAGCAAAAUUAAUAUGAAAAUUAUCAUACUGUCAAUAAGAAUAAUAAUCAAUUUAGAACUAAUAAAUUUAUGAAUGAUCAAACAACUCAUUAAUAAUAAUAUUAAGACUAAUAUUACUAAAAAAGUCCACCUUAUUAGGAUUAAUAUUUUUCAUAAAGUUACAAGUAAGCUUAUUAUCCAACAUAAUAAUUUACAUAACAGGCUGGAUUCGAUUAUAGACAUGAGAGAAUCAAAGAUUAAGUUAGUUAGAAUUUAUUGCCUAAAAGAUAAGAGAUCAUUGAAUAAGUCUAAAAGGUUAUUGCUAUUUAUGAUAAAUUAGAUAGAUAACAGAAUUGAUGAAAUCAAAUAUUAAUCCUAAAAAAUAGAGAAUAUGACCAGAGAGGAAUGUGAAAUCAUUAUAGAUAAAUUAAAAACUGUUGAAAAUCAAAAAUUACAAAUUUUGUAUCAUGAUAAAAAUUAAUUGCUUAGGUAAAUUUUUUUUUUUUAAUUUUUAGAGAUAUUGAUUAAAUUGAUGCUAUACAAUAAAGAAUCUCACAAUUCUAAGAUUUUGACUCUCAAAAAAACUUGGAUUUGUAUGAAAACAUAGAAAGGUUAAGCAGAAAGAGAAUCAAAAAAUAAAUUGAUAUUUAUCCAGAUGAUUUGCCUUAAGAUCUCAUACAAUUAAGAUAAUUGUUAUAGCAAAAUCAGAUGCUCUAGAAACUUAUGGAUUUCAAAAAUGAAGUCAUUUGGAAACUCUUUAAUGAUUCCCAAAUAGAAAGUCGAAAAAUUAGAGAAGAAUUAGAAAGAUAAGCUAAUCAAGAAUUUCAAGAAUGGUACAACAUUGUAGAUUAAUAUUAAUAAGAAUUAAAUAGAUACAAAUUAUAAUGUACUUUUUGUGGAAUAAAUUUUGAUUAUUAAUUGAUUAAUUCUGAUUGUAAUUCAAAUCAAUAAGAUGCAAGUAAUAUUUUGAUUAAUAAUGAGAAAUUUAAUUCGAAUGUGAAUAGAUUCCUUCAGAAUAAUUUUUAGGUACUCGAAGACACUUUUUUAGUAAAAGUAGAUAAUUAUAAUAAUCUUAAAUUUAAAUGGAAGACAAUAAAGUAUGA